GCAAGUUUGGAACGGAGGGGUUCAGAGGACUGGGGCAACAAGGAAUCGACCACAGACAUGUCUUUUAUAUUUGACUGGAUCUACAGAGGAUUCAGCAGCGUAUUACAAAUACUAGGUUUAUAUAAAAAGACUGGUAAACUUGUUUUCUUGGGAUUAGACAAUGCUGGGAAAACAACAUUAUUGCACAUGCUUAAAGAUGAUCGACUUGGACAACAUGUUCCUACGCUUCAUCCAACAUCGGAAGAGCUGACGAUUGCUGGAAUGACCUUCACGACCUUUGACCUGGGUGGUCAUGCACAAGCAAGACGAGUCUGGAAGAAUUACCUUCCCGCCAUAAACGGGAUCGUCUACCUCGUGGACUGCGCAGAUCACGAACGCCUAGCAGAGGCCAAAAUCGAAUUAGAUGCCUUGUUAACAGAUGAGACCAUUUCUAACGUGCCUAUUCUUAUUUUGGGAAAUAAAAUUGACCGCCCUGAAGCCAUUAGUGAGGACGCACUGAGGAGUUUGUUUGGGCUUUAUGGGCACACCACUGGAAAGGGGAAGGUUUCACUGAAAGAACUGAAUCUAAGGCCAAUGGAAGUUUUCAUGUGCAGUGUCUUAAAGAGACAAGGAUACGGAGAAGGCUUUCGAUGGCUUUCUCAGUAUAUCGACUAACACGGACAGGUUCACAAAGAUUGCUCCAAGUUUUGACUCCGGAGUGAAGAACACUUCUGUUACUCAACGGAAAGCUCUAAAAGUACAAGUGUAUGAUAUUUGUUACCUCAGUGCCAUCAAUAUAAGUGCUUGAUUGUAGUGAAUAUCGCUGAGAUGGGUAGUUGGCAACUAUCUAGUUUAAAUUAUCUGAGCCGUUCAAAAUGCAGUAUACUCUACAGACUACAGGGAUUUCUCACUCUGAAAAGACAGAUGUAAGUGAUGUUUGCUAAUGAAAGGUGUGCCGGGAAACGCAUAACUUAGAGCGUCUUUUGGCUUUUCCCCUUCUAAAAACAGGGUAGGCAUGUAAUCCCUGAGAGACGUUUACAGAGCAGUGGUUAUUUUGAGGAGAUGGCAUAGUGUUACAGUGAAGGGGUGGCUGACCACUGUUACAUUUUUUCCCCUUCUUUCUUUUAUUAACAUAUACAUACAUAUAUUUAAAAUCUGUUACAUACCCUACCAAAGACCUAUUCAGUAUCAUUUAAACCUUCCAAGUUUAUUGUAUUUAAGAAUUUGAAUUGAGUCCGCAAAAUACCUUUUGCCCUUAAGCACUAAGUGGACACACGCAUUAGCAGUGAUAGCCAUUAACAGCAUUUUGUUGAUUUUGUAUUUUUUUUUUUUUAAUUAAUAUUCUUCUCUGCAUUUAGUCGCUUCUGUGUUUAGAUGCUGUUGGUGAGUGUGUACUAACAUUAUAUUGAUCCAUUUAUGUUAAAGCUCAGCAUAUGUAAUUAAUGAACUGCCAAUAGGGACUAAUAAGGUGAGGUUUUGUAUCUGUGAAAGAUAACAGCUAUGCACCACUUAAUGUGGCUUAUUAAUGCGGUGUACAUGUUAUGGUACAGGGUAAUCUAUGUGUGAGAUUACAUGAGAUUUGCGGUGACUUUUACUAUAUUUAUUUGUUAACAUUUGAGAUGAAAUUAUAAUUCUUGAUAGAAUGUAUUGUAAUGUUUUCAGGGCAAAUUCUGUUACAAGCUGUUCAAACACAUUUAAGACAUACCCAGAUAGUUAACAUUCAAAACUACCUGAUUUAUCAGUUUGUGCAAUAAGUACUUUUUGACUGUCAGCUGGUCUUUGUACGCAGCGUUGAUACGAGAGUACAUGGAAAGCA